GAAAAAUUGAGCAUAAGAGUUCACUUGCUAAGGCUUCGAGGAUGGUACGCGUACACGUGAAGCACGGCGACGGCGGUAGCGACGGCGCCGGAGAGUUUCUCUACGAUACUGAAACGACUUCAAAAAUUGAUGAAAUCGCCAAAGACAUUAUCGAAAUUGCGAAUUUUCAAUCGAAGAUUCAAUGCUUCGCCGUCGAAUUCGAGCCUCAUCUCUCUAAGCUUCAAGGCGAUCCUAAAGCUAUGCCUCUCGUGAGAGCUCUCUCUGAAGCUACGUCAUACGCUUCAAAGGAUCAGGUUAAACAUAACAAGCCUCUAUCACUUUAUGUGCUACGAGAUCACACAAGAAGCAUUGAGAAGGAAUUUUUGGUAACGUAUUCAGUAAUGGGAUUGUCAAAUUCGGAUUUACAGCAGUUCUUGUCAGACUUGCAAAUCCUUGAAGAAAACACAGUGCAACUUUUAUGGGCAGGAAAAGAGCUCACCAGAGGGAAAAAAUUGCGUGACUUUAUAGGAAGAAAUGAGAAGACAAAGAUUGUAAUCAGGCUGCAGUCACCUAUUCCACCUCCUGCAUCACUUUCUGGUGGAGAAAAAUCUUGAAAUAAAAUGAUGUCGUCUGGUCUUUGAAUGACUUUUAAAUCGGGAAACACACUCCUCUUGAAUGACCUUUGCAUUCUUUCCUGUGUGAGCUGCAAAGGUUUGUGACUUAUUGGGAUUCAACUGCCUGCUAGUUGACUGCAUAUUACUGCACAACAACAACAUACCCAGUAUAAUCCCAAAAAGUAGGGUUUGGAGAGGGUAGAAUGUACGCAAACCUUACCCUACUGCAUAUUACUGUUGAACGAAAACUAUUUAUGUACCCCUUACAUCUCAACUGCAACCAGUAUCCCAAGGAUUCUAAAGCUUAAUACGCUACAAGUCAAACUUGGUGAAUCCACUCACUAAAUCAUCUAUGUAAAUUUGUACCCGAAUGCAUAUUGCUUUUGGAGUUUCUUCUUCCAAAAGGUGUUUUAUUUCGACUAGUCAUGUCUGAUUCCUUAUCUUUAUACUGUUGUAGUUUAUGCUCAUCAUCUUGCCUAGUUUGAUGUACAUAUUAUGAAAAGUGCAAUGCACAUGAUUUGAGCUUGUAGGUCUUCUUUCAAAUGUUUUGGAUUGAGUCGUAGUAGUUGUAGUUGUUCUUUUGAUUCAUCUAAUGGUCCUACUUCUGGGACAAACAAGG